CUUCCGGCGGCGGCGGGACGCGGUGAGUGCGGACGGGCCCCCCCCAGCCGCCCCGCUCCGGGCCCGGCAGCCACGCACCCGGCGCCUUCUUUCCCUGGGCCGCCCCGAGUUAGCUCCCAGCGCCGUCCUGCCGCCGCUCGGCCCGCCGCCCGCCCUCUGACGGGCUGAACUCGCGCGGCUGUGCCGCUUGCCCGCCGGCGCCGGGCCGGGGGCCGCAGCAGAAGGCCCGGAAGGCUUUAAGCGCUUAAACCUCCCUGGCAGGCGCGGGGCGGGUGCUCGGGAGUGGCGUCACCCUGUCCGGCCACCGAGGGAGCCCACCGGCACCCUCCGCGACAGGGUCAGGCGAGCGCUCGGCCGCUUCCCGGCCGGGCUGGUUCCAGCUCGGGCUGUACUUCCAGGUGCCGUGUCGGGAGCGCCAGCGCCGCCCUCCUGCGAGCAGGCGCCGGGUCGGUGCUGCUGAGCCGUAAGUUUUGCCUCCUGGAAGAAGAAGCCCUGCCGUCGCAGAGGGGCUGCCGCCUUCCCUCCCCGCACCGGCGGGGAGGCACGGGGUCUUCCCGGGAGAGCUGAGCCAGAGAGCUAGCUGCCGGGCUGGAGGAGGAGUCCCGGCUCCUCCAGACUGCUUCAGAGAUGGAGCUCCCCACUGCCACCUUCAUCCAAGGGCUGGGGAACGAGGUGACAGUGGUGGCCGGUGUCGUGGUGCUGGUCCUGGCUCUGGUGCUGGCAUGGCUGUCCACUUACGUUGCUGACAGCAGCAGCCAUCUUUUGGGAACAAUCGUGACGGCGGGGGAUGUAGCCGUCAUCCGGCUCGGCCGCAUGGAGCGGUUCGUGGGGACGGCAGGGGCAGAUGAAGUGCCAGAGCCCCAAAGAGUCCCUGAAAACCGAGAGGACAAAACAGAAGAGGAAGGUGGAGCCGUGGCAGGGCCAGCAGCAGAGCAGGGGUCUGGCAGCAGCCCCUCUGACCCCAGUCUGGAGCAGCUGCUGGACAUCCAGACCUUGCCUAAAAGGACCUUGGCUGCUGAGCUCAGUGCCCCGGGCAGCCAGGGGGAGCCGCCUGCCCUGGUGGGGAGCGAUUUGUGCUCCGGCCUCAUCAAGAUCCGGCUCAAAUUCCUCAACGACACGGAGGAGGUAGCCAUGGUCCGGCCUGAGGACACUGUAGGGGGCCUCAAGAGCAAGUGUUUCCCGGGCCAGGAGAGCCAGAUGAAGUUCAUCUACCGUGGGCAGCUGCUGCAGGACCAAGAGCAGACGCUGCACUCGCUCCACAUCACAGACAACUGUGUCAUCCACUGCCACCAGUCCCAGAGUGCCAGCACCCCCACCCCCCUGCCCGACCCUGGCGCUGCCCCUGCCACGCCAGACGUCGGGGGCCUCCCCCUGGGCGCAGGGAACCUCAUGGUCCCCACCGUCAUGGUGGUGCUGGCAGUCGUCUGGUAUUUCCGCAUCAACUACCGGCAGCUCUUCAGCGGCCCGGCCACCGUCUCCUUGAUCGGCGUCACGGUGCUGUUCAGCUUCCUGGUGUUCGGGCUGUACGGACAGUAGGGACUGGCCCAGGAGGGGCCCCGAGCCUGCCAUCCCCCAGGGACCAGCAGUGCUCAGGUGGUGCUUUCUCCACUGUGGCGUGUGCAGCUGGUGCAGCAGGGAGCUUGGCCCAUCCUUCCCAGUCUUGGUGCCAGACUUUGCCCCCCCACACCAGAAGGAUCUGUGCUCCCCCCAGACACUGUCCUCCUCACCCCACAGCUCAAGGGAAAAGAUCUCAGCCUGAGUGGACAUGCUGAAGGUACCCAGGGCCCCGCAGUGGGCCGCUGCUUCCUCCCACAGACUUAAAUAAAAGGUGUAACAUGA